CGCACCGCAAACGUUGAUGCUGCAUGCCGCUUAUUUUACUCAGAAGAUGCAUUGCCUGGCUGCAAAGCAUACGGUCACUAUUUGGUGCAGGCACCAUGUCUGUCUUUAGGCGUGUCAUCUCUCUGUCUAGUUGCUGGCCGCAGUUUUUGCAAGUCAAGCACCAAGAUGAGCAGACUAGGCAAGCGGCCUCAGCUGCUGAGGUCCCGCUCCCGACAGCCCCGGUUCUUCCAUUCGACGUUUGGGACUUGGUUAUCGACCGUCUCGAAGACGACUGGGACUACAAUACCAUCCGAGUCUGCUCCACAGUUUGCCAGCGGCUUCGAAGAAGGUGCAAGGAUUGCUUCCCAGAAGCCGUUUACCUCCAUAAUCGCGAAGAGAUCGCAUACCUCAGUAAACUGAAGGCCCGCGACUGGAAAGGGCCUGAGCGCGUCUGGAUGAGAGGUGGCAUCCGGGGGGCGGGCCGCAAACCCAUUCCUCACGUCGGCGCCUUCGCAGCGAUGCUGGCACGCAAGUGGCCGCGCAUGGACUCGCUCGGUAUCUCGAACGCAGAGUGGCGCACCGGCGACGUGCAUGGUGACGUUUUCCUUCAUAUAUCGGCGUUCACCUCGAUCCAAGACCUCCAUCUCAGCAAUGUCGUUUUCCCGUCCGUUCUCACCUUUGGACGUCUCGUUUGCGCGCUCUCCGGCCUCAAAGUUCUCACUUGCGACGCGCUUACGUUUGUGCAGCGUCAACUGCACCCUAGUGCCUUCCCGCAGGAGAUUCCCCGACCCGCCCUGCAGACUGUGCGGAUCGAUGGGUGUUCCUUCGAUGGCGUCGCAUCAUUCCUCAUAGCCAGUGGCCUAAGCACUGGCCUACAUACGCUAAACUUGCAAAUGGAUCGAGCUCUCCGCGAUCAGCACGUUCACAUAAUGGACAUACAGGCUCUGGUGGAUACCACAGGCUCGUCGUUCUAUGGGCUUGCCAUGCAUGCAUACUUAGGCGAUCCACUCCCGAACGUCGCCAAACUGACCAGACUUGCUCACAUCGACGUCCACCUCAACGUCAGCAAUCAGAAGGACCGCUACAGCCUCAGCCCAGAAUUCUUCUCCCGUAUGGCGUCCUACGCGUUGUACAGCUUCAUCGUGCAGUUCGACAUCGAGCAAGCCAGCAACGCCGAGCAGGUGCAUGCCGUUUUGGAGAGGCUCGUCCGGGAGUGCUGUGCGCCCCUAGACGCGCUCUUCGUCUUGCCGCCCUUUGUCAAUCUUGCGCAGGCAUGCUUUUAUGCCGUAAUCGUCCCUCAGUAUGCGAACUACGUGGAUCCGCACGUGUGGGACGAGAUGAUGAAAGCCCACAUGCCAUUGUCGUAUGCUCAAGGCAUCUUGAA